AUGGCGGGGCUGGAGUCCUCGGCGCACUUCAAGGAUCGUGCGCGGAAGUAUGGGCUGGCUGAGGAUCUUCUCUCUGAGUUCACCAAGGCUGGAAUUGAUACCUUCGGCAAGCUGGCAUUCAUUUGUGCCAUUCAGCCGAACUCUGGAGAUGACACCGCGCUGCUUCAAGCAAUCAAGGGCCUGACUGGGAAGGAUGUCCCGGCCAAGGAAGUGCCGACGGUGCGCAGGCUUUGGUAUGAGUCGCAUACCCAUGCCAUGCUGGACUUGCAGCAGCAGGUUCAGAAAACCCCUGACAGUCAGCCCCGGGAAAUGCCCAUGGCGGAGCGCCUCAUGCAAGAUGAGAUUAUGGGGAUAAAGAGUGAGAGUCGGCUCAGUUUGGACAGCGAUGGCAACAGCAAGAUGACGAAUCAGGCGAGUGACCUGAGGUGCGAUACUUCGGGGGAGCUACGCCUGCGCCAGUGCUUCCUUAGGAGAGCGCUAGCGUUCGAUCAAGUGGGGCUCGCUUCAUUCGUGCAGCUUGAAGAGUGGAGCAACAAGAUGUUUCAGGCCCUGCUUGAAUCUCCGCCUGCUGGAUACAGGUAUGUGACUGUUCAGCAGGUCCUUUCCGCAGAUGCCAAGCUGUGGCAGAUCAUGUCUCAGGAGUCCCGAGGGAACAUCGCAGUUGGGACAGGCCUGGACCCCCCUUUGGAUUCUCUUCUUAAGAAGCUGAGCUUGGAUCCACUUGUCACUGCCUGCAUGACGCCUUUGCCGGUGCCUGCCAGCCAGCAUGCCCCUAGCUUUGCUUCAACAGACGGGCCAGGCAAGGGCCCGGGCAAGGGAAAUCCCAAGAAGAACGGCAAGGGAAAGAAUGGAAAGGGGAAGCAGACCGAGGGCGACUCGACUGCCAAUGUCUCCCUGAAGGAGCUGCUGGCAAGCCUUCCUCCGAACUGCGAGGCCAAGAAUGCUGAAGGACGAUUCAUUUGCCCGUUCUACAACAAGGGCAUUUGCAGGUUUCAGAAGCGCAAAAGCUGUCGUUUUGGCAAACAUGCGGUGGUUUUGUCGGCCGCGGCCUCUUGCCCUGAGGACUUUGCUCAAGCUUGCCUGGACAAUCAUGAUUUUUCCGAGUCCAAGAUUCUUGAGCUCUUCGAUCUUUUGCCAAAGGACACUAGUGACCGAGAUGUCAGCGGGGUUUCAUUUUCCGGAGGCGUCUAUUGCCGAAUUAAGGUUGGUCUGAGGAAGGCCUGCCACCUUUUUCCGAAGACACUCAAGGUGAUCAAUCAUUUUGCUUCCAGGGCUGUCCCAUCACAUCAUUACACAAGUUUUGUCAUCUUGGACCGCAUUUGUACCAAGGAGCAUGUUGACACGCAGAAUGCUUUCUUGCCUAACGUGGUUGUUCCCCUCAGCUCCUUUGCUGGGGGUGACAUCAUGGUCCAUGCCAAAAGCCAGGUGCGCCUCCGCGUGUGCCAAGGACCUGUGUCUUUCUGUGCCCGCGCGCACCAACACUCCACUUCUGAGGCUCAGGGUAGGAGGGUCGUGCUUGUUCUCUUCAGUCUUCUUGGGGCUGUGCAUUUGGGGUCAGCCGAUCGCCGCAUCCUGCGCUCCUUGGGCUUUCCCUUGCCAACCGUACAGGCCCUUGAGAGCCAGCACAUUCAGGAGCCGAGAGAACUCUUCUGUCGGCCCUCUUCGGAUGGCCCUAGUACCGCCGCGUUGCCUCUUGCUGACCAGGCGCAGGUUCCGUGGCUUGUUGAGGUGUGCGCCGGCUCGGCUGUCUUGUCUGCAACUGCUUUGAGCGCCGGGUGGAAUGCACUGCCCAUCGAUCAGCCUUCCUGCCGCUUUCAUGCCCAUACGCCUUUGUUCAUCUUGGAUAUGCGCCAAUCUUCGAGUUCCGUGCUGCUGGCUUCCUUCGCCAGUCGGGCUAAUGUUGCUUGGUACCAUUUUGGUCUCCCCUGUGGCACUUGUUCAAGGGCCCGGGAGAGGCCUUUGCCGAAUGCACCUCGGCCUUUGCGUGACGCAGACAACCUCUUCGGUAAGCCCGGUCUCCGGUCAGCUGAGCAGGAGCAAGUCACUGCUGCAAACCAGGUGUAUGUGCAGGCUGUUGAGGUUCUCUUUCUUGCAUUCAGCCGUGGCGCUCUUGUCACCAUUGAAAACCCGGUGCGGAGCUGGUUGUGGCCGCUGCUGGCUGCUCUCGUCAAGAAGCGUGGGCCUGCCUCUUUCCGCAAAUGGUACUUCGACUUGCAGGAUUUUGAUUUUGACACAUGCAUGUUUGGAUCAGGUCGUGCCAAGGCCACUCGCAUCAAAGGCACAACUCAGGCUUUUCAAGGUCUUGCGCGUGCUUGUGAUGGCAAACACCAGCAUUUGAGCUGGGCCCCUGUCCGGCUGGGUCAGGGCUGGCAGUUCAAAACCAAGGAUGAGGCGGCUUACCCUCAGCAGCUGUGCGACUUUUUGGUAGCAGCUGCCGGUGCCUGCCCGAGUGCCAAGGCUGAGCAGUGGCGCGCUCGUGAGCUUCGCGCGCAAGUGCGUGCCCCCGCUGGGCACCAGUCUCGAUACGCUGCUGCGCUCAUCCCGGAGUUCGAGUACCAGGCUCCCCUCUCCCAGGUGCCGCCUCAUCGUGACUACAAGGUGCUUAAGCUCUCUUCCUUCGGGGGUUCAUUUUCGGAGAGCUCUGACCCUGUGGGGGAAACCGUUGGAUAUCCUUCUGCACUUGGAGAUCAGACCAAGCGCGGUGAUCAGGAUAGUUCUUCGAGCUCUGGCAUGCGCGGUGAUCAGGGUAGUUCUUCAAGCUCUGGCAUGCAUGGUGAUCAGGGUAGUUCUUCUCGCUCCGGCACUUACGGAGAUCAGGUUGCAAAGCGGCAUGCUGGUGGCUCUUCGGACAUUGUGGGUGUCUAUCAUACCAUGGAGCAGCAUAUACAACUGGCCUCUGGUUUGGAGUCUCCUUCAGAGUCGGCACACCAGGUUCCCGAUGCCGUGCGCCGGAACAUCUUCAAGCUCUGCACUGAGGGGCCGCUCGCAGUGUCGAAGCUGCGCCUGCAGGCAUUGAACCAACUGAACUCCCGUCUCAAGGAGCUCGAGGCCCAGGAGGCUGAGUUGCGUCGGGGUAUGCAUCCUGACGUGGAGGAGGUCACUAGAGUGAGCUCAUAG